AUGGGCGGAGGGGCUCCCCACGCACCAGGUGUGGCCUGCGUCCCCAGUGCUGUCGACCUUGGGGGUGAUCUUUGUGAGCAGGCGGCGGACUGCGCCCCGGCCCCGGGGUGCGAGGUGUUGGGAGGGCGAAGGUGCGUGGGUCCUGGGCAGGGCCGGCCCCCCACGAGAACCGGCGCUGACUGGCUGGAGCCGAGAGGCCGGGAGAGGAGCGCGCCGCCGCGCCGCCGGGGCCCACCUGUGCGGGGCCGCGCGGCCCUCCUCGGGCCGGAGGCGGGCAGCGAGUGGAAGGGGCGCGAGGCGCGUGCGGGGUGGGAGUCGGCGGCGGGCGGCGGGCGCGCGGCUUCCCCGAAGGCGGAGGGCGGGCCUCGGGAGGCGCGGGGGGCGGACCCGCUCGCGGCCGGCGCUGCUCCCCCCGCCCGCUCGCACUCUGUCUCGCCGCGGGGCAGGCAUGGGAGCUGCGCGCGCCCUCCCGGCACCCACACCUGUCUGAGCCGCGCAGCAAACCCGGGCCCUGGCGGGCAGCUCGGCGCGGGUGAGUGCGGGCGCGGCUGGGGUGCCCUCUCGGACGCGGGGGAGCGCGGCGCGGGGAGGAGCGGGACAAAGGGCCGAUGCGCGCGGGGUCGGGUGACCUCGCCCAGGCCGCCCUUGGAGCUCGAGGGCUGGGACCCACAGCCUGAAGGAGCUCUGCGGAGACUUCAGGGCUGCAGGGCACCUGGAUUCACGCAGUGUUGCCCGUGGAGCGGAUGGGGAAAGACGGUUCUGAAACUGCUCUCUUGGGUGCCUGGUGCGAGUAGAGAAAGAGCCGGCUCUGGGCAAGCUCUCUAG